UAAGCAAGCAUCCUAUUUCAGCCGUGAAAAGAAUACGAGUGUCGAAAAGAGAAGUGGCAAUCGCGCGUGCGUGAUGGAAGCAUUCCUCUCCCUGCCUUUAUAACAACACAUCGCCGCCGUUCUUCUCUCUCCUCUCCGCAUCCGCCGCCGCGCGAUUCUCGAUAGCUCGGAACUCGUCGAUCAAACUCGCGCCGCAAUGCGGAGUACAGUUUCAAACGCCACUCCCUCACCGACUCCAUGCUUCUGCUUCUGAUUCUCGAUCGAUAUUCCUCUCUACUCUUUGCGCAAUCGAAACGAUGUCGUCCGCGCAAGUGGUUAAGCGCGCCAAAUACAAAACCACCGUCAAGGACCCUGGCACUCCCGGCGUCCUCAAACUGACUCGUGAUAAGUUCGUUUUCAAGCCUAAUGAUCCUACCUCCACCAACAAGCUCGACGUCGAGUUCAGAUUUAUCAAGAGUCAUAAACACACUAAAGAGGGGUCAAACAAACCACCGUGGCUUAACCUUACCCAUGGACAGGGAAGUUACAUUUUCGAGUUGGAAAGUUUUUCAGAUCUUCAUGUUUGCCGGGAAUUGGUGGGUAUUGCCCUUAGCAAGCACGGAGAAGCUACAAAAGUUAUUUCUGAGGAACAGCUGAGCGCUGCUGAAAUGACACUCAGGAUAAAGCUAUUGCAGGAAAAUAGCAAGUUGCAGAGGCUUCAUAAGGAACUUGUGGCUAGUGGUAAGCUUACAGAAUCAGAAUUUUGGGCUACAAAGAAGAAAUUACUGGAUCAAGAUGAAAGCAGAAAGUUAAAACAGCGGAUUGGUUUUAAAAAUUCUUUAAUCUUCGACACAAAGCCUAUGAGUGAUGGACGGAUAAACCAGGUUAAAUUUCAAUUGACCCCAGAGAUAAAAUAUCAGAUUUUUGCCCUCAAACCUGCCGUCCAUCAGGCAUUCCUCAAUUUUGUACCUAGUAAAAUGAAUGAGGUAGAUUUCUGGAAUAAGUACUUCAAAGCUGAGUAUAUUCAUAGUACCAAAAAUGCUGUUGCAGCAGCUGCUGAGGCUGCUGAAGAUGAGGAUCUCGCUGUUUUUUUGAAAGAUGAUGAGAUAUUAGAAAUUGAAGCUCGAAAGAAGGUGCGACGGGUUGAUCCAACUUUAGACAUGGAAGCAGACCAAGGAGAUGAUUACACACAUCUUCCUGAUCAUGGGAUCUUCCGCGACGGUAGCAAGGAUAUAUCUGAAGUCCAAAAUUCUCUGUACAAGAGAACAUUGUUGCAGGAUCUUAAUAGACAAGGUGCUGUUGUUCUUGAAGGAAAAACUUUAGAUAUGGAGAUGGAAAAUCCAAGAACGGUAGCAGAAAUUCUUGCUCGGAGAAAACAGGAAACUGGUGGGGUUGUAGACGAGGAGAGACGAAACAGAAUUUCGAUGACACCAAUCGAGGAUCUUCAAGAACAUGAUAAUCAUCCUUAUGCACCACUCUGUAUCAAGGAUCCCCGUGACUAUUUUGAUUCCCAACAAGCUAAUGCAGUAAAAACUUUGGAUGAUUCCCAAGCAGGAAUGGAGCAAAUGAUAUGCAGUUUAGGUCCCGAGGAAGCCUAUGGCUCUUUGAGGGCAUCAAUAUCUAAAAUCAAAGCUACAGGAUUAAGGGAUUCUCUCUUUAGUCCUGAGGUUGCUCUUAAGGUCCUCAGUGGAUUGACUAAAAAUAUCUCAAGCACCAAAUAUCAUCUUGGGAAAAGUUCUCAAGAGAGUGUCCUUGAUAUAUUGCCCAAUACGACAAAGGAGAAACUACUAGAUCAUUGGGUGUGCAGUCAAGAAUUGCUGAGGCACUUUUGGUCUUCAUAUCCAAUUACAACACAAAACCUUAAUAAUAAGACAAAAAGACUGAAAGAUUCCAUAUCACAAAUUUAUUCUAAACUUGAGGAAAUAAAGGUAUCCGCAAAGUCAGACCUGCGGCACCAGGUUUCCCUUGUUGUCCAUCCUAUGCAGCAGGCUCUGGAUGCCGCCUUGUUACAUUAUGACGCUGACAUUAGGAAAAGAAAUGCAAGAGGAGCGAAGCCUAACGGUUAUGUUUAGGACUCUCUGCAAUGCAAGCAUAACAAUUUAGGAAUGUAUAUUCCAUCAAUUUUGCCGUUACCUCGAACCCCCUGUGGCUAUUUAUAUCUAUAUCAUGAUGAAGUGAAUUUCCAUGAACUAGAUAGAUAGUUAACAUGUAACGAAUAAUUACUUGUUAACGUUGGCCCUUGGCAAUUCCUAUGGACGAGUGAGUUCACCUUCGCCCUCUCCCUGUACUAUAUUAUCUUACUGUUGCUUAACUUUAGCAGUACAUAUAACAAAGGGUUUAAUUAAUUGUUUUGUGCUUCUUCAAGACAUAAUUUAACUGCUUUGUGCUUGUAAUGAUAUAAUUUAGUUUAAACUUAAA